UAGAGAGCUCCCUUUAGAAAGGUUAAAAUUGAAUCAAUACAUAGUUGCUUGCAUAAAAUAUUUUUUAUCAGGAAUUGUACUAAUAGAAAAAAUUAAAUAUGCCAAAAAAGUUUGCAACUGAAAACACCAAAGCUGUUGCUGCUAGGGAAAGGAAAAAACAAGCUAAAGAUGAAGUUUCUGCCAAAAAGCAGAAAGAAUUAGAUGAUUUAUAUUGGGCAGAUAAUGACAAGCAGUUACAAAAGAAACAACAAAAAAAGGAAGCAGAAGAAAAGAAAAAACAAGAUGCCUUGAGGAAGAAAGCUGAAGCAAAAGAAUUAUUAGAAAAAGAACAAAGUGAAAUUAUUAAGAAAACAUCUAAACCUGCACCUCCAGUGAAAGUGACGAGAGCUCAGAUAUCUGCUAAAGCAGCUGCACCAAAAGUAGAAAAAGAAGAGAAGAAAGUGGAAACUCAUCUGGAUGCUCCAUUGAUUGAAAAUAUUAAUAGGCUCCAAGUAGAAGGAGAAGAAGCUAGAACUAUCGAUGAAGCUAUUUCAAUACUAGGUAAUAACGAUGAGCUUGACAAACAUCCAGAGAAACGUAUGAAAGCUGCAUAUACUGCAUAUGAAGAAAGAAGACUUAAAGAACUGAAAGAAGAAAACCCAACUCUACGUUUGUCCCAACUGAAACAAAUGAUCUUUAAGGAAUGGCAGAAAUCCCCAGAGAAUCCUCUUAACCAAUAGUGUACUUAUUUUUUAUUAGCUGUUACCAUUAGAAGUAUUCAAGUUUAGAUGAAAACUGGAUAUAUACAAUACCUGUUUAUAAAUAUACUACAUAAUUGAUAAGGACUUAUGAUAGAAUUAUGAAUUAUUAACGAGAAAGUUUUGCUUUCACAAUUCAAUAAUGACAAAACUUCCAGCUAAAAUCAAGUGAUACAUUUUAAAAGUACUGAUAGUUCAAUAAGUUAUUGCACUUUAAAGUUUGUCACGAGAUGCUUACAUCAUCAGUAAAUUGUGGCAGAUAAUAUUAAAUCGUAACAAUAAUUAGUUAUUUCAAAAUAAUAAAACAAGAUAUCGUCGGUAUACUGCAAAAACUGACCAAGUCAAAAAUUACUGUUU